AUGCAUGCGUGCGCGCAGCCUCCCGGCAUGUUAUUAAAGGGCAGACAGCAGCCGGCGGUUCUCGCCGGGGCCCGGGGGGCAGGGGGCAGGGGGCAGGGGGGCAGCCAUCGGAAGCGGCGGCAAUCACGGCCGCAAAUUAGCGCCGGCUGCCCGCCUAGCUGGCCGGCCGCGCACGCCGCACGCGCGCCCUUUGUGGCCGAGUGGCCGGGGGCGGUGGCGGGGGCGGGGGCAGCGGCAGCGGAAGGUCCACCACCUGCCGCCCGCCGCCGCUUACCUUCCGGGAGCGGCCGGCAGCCGCUGCGGCCGUCCUCACGCGUUGAUCCCCAAACGCUGGAGACCCACGGUGGUUUACGAGUCGUUCAAACUCACGGCUCGCUGUUCAGGGGGCUGAACCCCGUGCAGGGCGCGUACGUUCGUGUUCCACAACUGAGCACACGGGAGCAGAUUGCACCCGACAUUAAAUACCAGCCGGCCGCGGUGGCCGGAAGGCAGCCGAGGGAGGCGCGGCCGGUCGCCGCCAGCGAGACAAAUGGCCGCGCGCCCCAUCAGUCUGCGUUAGCCCCCGGGGUGGGAUCCGUCACGCGCCCCGCCCCGCCUAGCCGCUUCCACUGCGCAGCGUCGCUGCAGCGCCGCCACUGUCCCCGCCUGAAAUAUCCGGCCGGCGCGCCAUCACUCACGGCUGCCUCCUGUCCAGAGGCGCCGAAAACAAUGCGCCAGCCGCCCGGGAGGAAUAUGGGAUGCGACGGUGCGCUGACCUCCAGCCGUGACUUCCGCCAAGUUCUUGGGCCACAGUGCAGAGCAGAGGCGGGGGCAGGCGGCCGGUGCCGGCGGGACAUAAAUCGCGGGCGUGCAGCCUGCGGGGGCGGGGGCGGGGGCCCGCUAAUCCCCUUCCGGGAGGCUGGUGGCUGGUGGCCGGUGGCGGCCGCCGCCGCCGCCGCCGCCGCCGCCGCCGCCGCCGCUAUGAAUGGCCGCCUCCGGCCCGUCUACCGCCUCUCAAGGUCACGGCCAUUGUGCGCCGCCGCCGGGCGCCACGUUCAAUGA